GAGCCAAUCACCGCCCCGGCCACGGGCGGUUUUACAGCCCCGGCGCCCCACACCGGCACACGGGCACCGGCCGGCACCCCACGGCGCCGGCACCGCCACGGCCCACCGGCACCGCCGGGAGACGCGCGCCGGGCCAUGGCGUGGCUCGUGCUCCUGCUGACCCUGGGUCUGGGGGCGGCCGGCGGGGACGCCGGCGGCGCGGCCGAGCCGGUGGCGGCACUCGAGGCCCUGCUGUCGUCGGGAAGCGGUUCCCUGCCCCACGGUGCGCUGGAGUCCCUCGUGGGCAUCGCCGGCGGCCGUGCGCAGCGCCGCGCCGGGCCGUGUGGAAAGGGGCUGUCGGCGGCCGCGGUGCUGGCGCUGGCGGGGAAGGGGGAGGGGGCGGCGCUGGAGCCCCCCGACCUGCCCUGGCUGGGGGCCGCCAUCCUCGUCACCCUGCGGGACCCCCCGGGCGCCUGCGCCGCCGCCUCGGGGUGCUGGGCCCCCCGCGCCCGCGCCCUGCUGCGGGCCUUCGCGCCCCCCCGGCCCCCGCCCCCGCGGCGCCAGUGGCACCAGCGACACCCCCAGUGGCACCAGUGGUGGCACCAGUUGCACCAGUGGCACCAGCAAUGGCACCAGCAGCACCCCCAGUGGCACCAUGGCACCAGUGACCCCCCCAGUGGCGGCCCCAGCCUGCGGGAGGUGGCCGAGCUGCUGGCGGCCGUGGAGCCCAACUACCGCAGCGACGGCGGCAGUGGGGCCUGCGUGGACGCGGCGGGGGCGCUGGCGGCGGGGGCGGCCGCCUCCCCCCGGGUGGGGGGCGCGGGGGCGCGCGUGCUGGCGGCCCUGGGGGCGCUGGUGCUGCGGGGCCGCUGCCUGCGCGCCCCCCCCCCGCGCCCCCCCGGCCUCGACUACCUGGUGUCCCGCUUCGGCCACCGGCCCGCGCUGGGGGGGCUCAGCAGCCUGAUGGAGCAGCUGGGGCUGGGGUCCGGGGGGCAGCACCCACCGACCCCCGCAGGGGGCACCCACGGGACCCCCCCCCCCGGCAACCGGGACCGCCCCACGCUGCCCCACCCCCACCUCCGGAGCCAGCCCUGGGCCUCGGUGUGCCUGGCCCCCCCCGAGCUGCUGGGGGCCCUGGGGGUGCCGGGGGGGGCCCCCCUGACGCAGGGGGAUUUCCUGCGCCUGGGCCCCACACUCCUGCAGCAGCAGCUCAGCGGCGCCUGCGCCCCCCACCCCGCACCCCCCAUGCCCCCCACGACCCCCGCGACCCCCACGACCCCCGCGACCCCCACCCAGCACCACCACGGCCCCACGGCCACCGGGGAGCUCAGCAUCGCUGAGA